AUGAUGUCCCUUUCGCUGCUAACCAAUGAACAACCUAAAAAAUUAUCAAACAAUAAAAGUAAUUUAGAGGAUUAUGUAAUUAAAUGUUAUAAUAUUCCAACAAAUAUUAAUGAAACAAUAUUCGAAUAUUUAUGUGAAUUAUUAAAUGAUAAAUCCUAUGAGAUAAAGAAAAUAAUUAAACCCAUCAAUCAAGAAACAUGUGACUAUCCAUGGAAAAUUAUUUGUAAUGAAAAAUUAGCUAGCUUUUUAUUAAAAAAAAAAAAAAUAUUUAUUUAUGACGAUUCAGAAAAAAAUAAUAAAAUUUACGUAAAAAUAAGUUCUAAUGAAGAUAAAGAAGUAAGCAAUGUAAGUGAUAAUGAUUUAAACAACUCAUGUUCUGACAAAGACGACAAUGAAAAAAAUGGUGAAAAAAAUGUUGAAAAAGAUGAAAGUAGUGACCAAAAUGACGAUGUAGAAAUUAAGAGAAAGAAGAAAGUUACACUAUUCGAUGGUGGUGAUGAGGAAAAUAUAAAGGGGCCCAUGAAAAGGUGUGAGCAUAGUAAUAUAUGGUAUUGUCAAUAUAAUAAUAAAUGUGAAGAAUCAGAUAGUAGUGAAAGUUUUUCUGAUUGGAGUAGUGAUAGUAAUAGUGAUUAUAGUAUGGAUGAAAAAAAUAAAACAUUUUCAGACAAUAAUAGUGAAAGUAGUGACUAUUCAAAUAAUUCAGAUCAAGGAAGUGAACAUAAUGAAAAAAGUUUUAAUAAGAAUAGGGGUCGAAGUAAAUACUCACAAGGUAAUAGCUCUGAAAACGAGUCUGCUAAAAAUUCUAUUUAUAAUAAAAAUGAUGAACAAAGUAAAGAAAAUGUCAAAAAAUAUAUUGAAGAUUGCAUGAAAGAGGGUGAAAAAAAAAAUAAAAAAAAAUAUAAAUGGGAUAAUAUAUCAAAAGGAAUUAUAAAAGAUAUACCAAUAGGAGCAUUAACAAAUGAAGAAUAUGAAUUUUUAGAAAAAAUAAAUAUGAAAUAUUCAAAAAAAUUCAGUAAAAUCUCUGAUAAUGGGAGUGAUAAAAAAAAAAGUAAAAAAUUUUUUAUAUAUUUUUAUGAAGGGAAUAAUGAUGAGAUAAUUCAGGAUAUAAGAGAAGAAGAUAUAAACAAAAAUAUUAUUCUAUAA